AUGGCGAUACAGGCCGCAGGCAGCGACAGCGGCAGCAACGGACCGCCCUAUAGGGCAAGUCGAACCCACCUGCCGGCCGCCGAUGGCUACAGCGGCAGCGACAGCGGCAGCAACGGACCGCCCUAUAGGGCAAGUCGAACCCACCUGCCGGCCGCCGAUGGCUACAGCGGCAGCGACAGCGGCAGCAACGGACCGCCCUAUAGGGCAAGUCGAACCCACCUGCCGGCCGCCGAUGGCUACAGCGACGGCGACAGCGGCAGCGACGACGACCGCUGGCCCGCCGACGCGCUGGAGGCGGCCCUCCAGCGGUUGCUCGAUGGCGGCGCCCCACUCGACCCGGAUUGGGACGACAUGCCGGGGCUUGCCCCACUCGACGCGGAGUGGGACAACCUGCCGGGGCUCGUCCCAAUCGGCGGGGAUGGUGAUGGCCCGCCGGGGCUCGCCCCAAUCGACGCGGAAUGGGCCGACAUGCCGGGGCUUGCCCCACUCGACGCGGAGUGGGACAACCUGCCGGGGCUUGUCCCAAUCCACGAUUGGGACGUCCACUACGACGCCCCACCCGGCAGGCCCCCGACACCGGAGCGCGAGGCCAACCGCCAGGACGAGGACCCCCUCGGUGAGGGAGGGGACCUGCCACUCGCCCCACAACCGCCCGACGACACCCCACAGGACCAGCUACCAGUCCAGCCACCCCCCCACCUCGGCUGGAACUGGGGCUGGCAGAACGUCGGGCGAGGGCGACGCCUGGGCAUGGUGGCUGCACUCCUUCCCCCCGGCAGGGACCGGCAACUCUUUUUAGAGGCCCAGGCGCCGAGAGGGUUCGGCCGAGCAAUUGUCUUCGUGCAUUUGGCUAGACCAUGGCAGCCCAAGGCACCGCUCCAGCGCCCCAGCGCACCGCUCCAGCGCCCCAGCGCACCGCUCCGGCGCCCCAGCACAUCCUCGUCGUCGUCCUGACGCUGGCGCCGCAGCAGGCGCCUCCAUCGCCGCCCACGACCACCGCAGCCGCCCCACCGCAGGGCUGCGUUGACGCCGACACCGCUACAUUUGCCACCCCCCACCACUAGCCGCCGCAUCGACUGGCCGCCGGCGGCAGCGACAGACCGCCCUAUAGGGCAAGUCGAGCCCACCUGCCGGCCGCUGAUGGCUACAG